AAACGGUACGUCGUUAUGGUUUAUUUAUGUUGGUUUAAAGCUCGGUUGUUAAAACGCCUCGUGUCUUUCUCUCCAUCAGAUCGUGAUAUGGGAGCUCGCCAUCGUGCUCGCGCCCACUCCAUCCAGAUCAUGAAGGUCCAGGUCAUCGCUGCCAACAAGUGUCGCAGACCUGCCAUCAAGCAGUUCCACGACUCCAAGAUCAAGUUCCCUCUGCCUCACAGGGUCCUGCGUCGCCAGCACAAACCCCGCUUCACCACCAAGAGACCAAACACCUUCUACUAAAAGCAGUUUUUCAUUUUGUGCGGGAAAAAAUAAAAAUAAUCGAAUGGAAAAA